ACAAUAAGGGAAAGGGUCCCUUAAGCAAUGAGCCGCAAAAACCAUGUUGGCUAUUAUUAAAGGUUUUAAGCAAUGCAAAGUGUACUAUCCUAAACUAUUCAUGCUUAACACCGUUGUGGCGUCCAUUGCAAUUGAAAAAGUUAAAAAAAAAAAAGUUGACAUGUCACGGCAGCAAACCAAACCGGAGUUUCCACAUGACCAAUCAAUGGGAGACCGGUGGGGAACAACAAGAAAGAAUAUGCCCGUCAAAAAUAUAAGGGAGGUUCCUUAAAACAAUACCCAACCCCACAAUGCCAGAAUUUAAUAAGCAUAGCAAUGGUCCUUCCGAUACUCCACAACAACCUCAUCGAUGUAACGGUCAUUUAGAAGACGUUCUUGUAGGCUUGUCUAGCUGGCCUAUGGACGUCUCUAAGCCAUUCGGCGUUUUCUUGCAAUGUUUAAAAUCGCAACCAGGUAAUAAAGCGAGAGAGAGAGAUUGGUUAGAGUUGGCAAAACUGUUCAAGCUGCUGACAACAUUUUUAACUUUUCUAUCAAUAACAAAAAUAUCAAGGACAAGAACCUCUUCGUUGUUCCCAACAACAACGGAAAGAAAGCUCAAGUGAUUCCACUUUGACUAAUUCCAGUUCCACCACUACAGCAACGUCGUCCCAGUAAAACCAACAACCACACACAUAAAAGUCACAUAGAGCCAUGGAACCUUUUUUUGUUGUACAGCAUAAUUUCCAACCAAACCACAUCAUUAUAGUGUAUAAAUAUAUCUUCGCUACAUCUGUACUUUUAUUGCUAUUAUUGUAGUUUUUGUUUUUUUUGCGACGAGGUAAAAGUCUUGUUAUUAAUGUACAUGAACGCUUUUUCUUAAUCGGUCUUGGGAGGAGCAACAGUCAGGUACUUAGUCAUGUUGGGACGCGCACUAAAAGCUUCGAUGAACUUGGCAAGGUUGGGGUAUUCCUUAAGCUUCUGUGUGCGCCAUUGAUC